AUGGAGUAUGAUAACGUUUUCCUGAGUGUUGCACAAAGCUGUGACAAUGGAGUACAGGGAUUGCUGGACGCCUUUUUCGGCUUCCUUUCCAGACGAACAGAUUUUUAUUAUGGAGCUACUGAAAAAGAUGCGAAGCGUUUAGUUCUUGAGAAUUUUGCAAAACACAGGGAUGCUGCCUUAGCACGUCGUGAAGAAGAGAAGAAAGAAUUACAUGAACGAGAUGAACGCGAACGUAAACGAAGAGAAGAAAAGAAGAAAGAAGCCAUUAAGGCGAAUCUUGCCCCUCCAAAGGAGUUAAGCAAAAAAGCUGAUAAUUUAAACGGUACAAAUGAGGAACCGUCAGACAUGCCCACACUACCACAAACAGAAGAAAAGCCAUCACUUGAGAAAAGUGAUCUGCCUAAACCAAUCAAAGUUGGUUCGUCUCCUGAUGAUGAAGAAGAUGAGGAGGACAAGGGAAAAUUGAAACCGAAUGAAGGAAAUGGUGCAGAUCUGCCAAAUUAUAGCUGGACUCAGACAUUGAGCGAUGUUGAUAUUAAGAUUCCAACACGUUUACCACAUUCCAUCAAAUCUCGCGAUGUCUAUGUUGAAUUUACCAGAAAGCACAUCAAAAUUGGCUUAAAGAAUCAGGAGCCCAUUUUAGCUGGGAAUUUGUAUAAUGAAAUUAAGGUUGAGGAAUGUGUAUGGAGUCUCCUGGAUGGAAUCACUAUACUCGUCCACCUAGAGAAAUCUAACAAAAUGGAAUGGUGGAGUCGUAUCUGUGAUGGUGAACCAGAAAUGAAUACACGUAAAGUUCAACCGGAAAAUUCCAAACUUUCUGAUUUAGACGGCGAGACUCGAUCUAUGGUUGAGAAAAUGAUGUAUGAUCAACGUCAAAAAGAACUUGGUCUGCCAACAUCCGAAGAUCAGAAAAAACAAGAAAUGUUGAAAAAGUUUAUGGCUGCUCAUCCUGAAAUGGAUUUUUCUAAAUGUAAAUUUUCUUAA